GCGGCGCCGUCACGAUGCAGUCCAUCAUGGCCGCCAUCCCGGCUGUUUUCACCCCUGGCAGAGGAACCAGAAGCUCACCGCGGAAUUCCCUGGGACCCAAUUCCUCUAUUCCAGCCCAAGACUCUCCACGACUCAAAAAGAACACUCCAGGUUCAAAUAGGCGCCGGUCAUUUGCCAGAAAGCUCACCGACAACCAAGAGACGUCUCCGCAGAGUCAGGGCAGGGAUGACAGCAGCUUGCACGCUGUGAGUGAAGAGACAGGGGCAUCGCUGCAGCUGGAACAAGAUGACAUGAUGCCGCUAUCAGCAUCUACUCCUCGCGUGCGGCCCAGCCCAGGAAGUGCAACCCGCAGCAGCAAAAGGUCAGCGGCGAAAGCUGCAGCAAGCCUAUCUGGCACUCCAGCCAAUACAGUCCGUGCUGGCAGGAUCUCGGAAAUUCUCAAUCGGAAAGAUAUUGGGGUGCUAGACACUGAAGAAGACAAAGGCGCGGAGGAAUACGGUUUCAAACGUUUCGUUGGGUACCGCUGGGCCGACAACUCCAUUGAGAUCCACGUCGAGUGGGAUACAGGUGAGACAACCUGGGAGCCAGAAACCAACUUGCACGAAGAUGUCCCCGACACUCUCUUUCAGUACUGGCGCGAACAAGGAGGCCGGCCAUUAAACCCCGUGGAUCCAGAACUGUAUGAAGUCUUUGCCAUUCGCAAGCACAACGGAAAUCGCACCAAGCUCAUGGUCGAAUGGGUUGGGUACGAGCCUUCUGAGGCAACGUGGGUAUCUCGAAAGGUUGUGGAAGAGACGGCCAAGGAUAUGGUGGACGCGUACUUUCAGAGCAUAAAAUCUACAAGAGGAAGAGGGAAGAAAAAGGCGUAACUAGGCGAACUCGUCUGGUACUGAGCCAUUCCUUUUGUGUCUAUUUAUAUAGAGGACGUAUGUGGAUUUGAUGAAAGAGAGCGACUGUGAUUCAGAACGACACUUUAUUAAUAUGCUGCAAUGAGAGAGGAGUUGAAGGGGUCAUGACUAGUAGAGAAUGACAACCCGAGGCAGAAUCAGAUACCACAAGCAUAAUAUAUUGCAG